ACAUUUCAAUCCCUUAAAGUGUUCAGCUGGUGAUAAAAUCCUUUAAAAUCCACUUUAGUCGAUAUAGUUCGAAAGAUUCAAGUCUACUACGUUUAACUGACUGAUUCGUUCCCCGAAAUUCUCUUUUGUUUCUCCUAUUUCCGGCCAAUACCAUAGUUAAAUGAAAGCUAAAAUGGAGAAAGCAAAGGUCAAAUCAAUAUUGCCCAAACCAUCACCGUUGGUCUCCACACUGACCCCACCACCAUUGUUACCUCUAGCAAGCGCGUCAGGAACGACCACUAACAAGAGAAAGUCCCUGUCUACCGCGGCCGAACGCAAGAAACAAAGAAAAUCAGCACCUGAUUCAGAAGAUACGUCAUCAAAAUCAAAAUCUUCAAAACAAACUGGCCAUCGUCCAGUUACAUCGUGUACCUUCUGCCGUCAACAUAAAAUCAAAUGUAAUGCUUCUGAUAACUAUCCAAACCCGUGUCAAAGGUGUCAACGUAUGGGGUUGAAGUGCGAAAUUGAUCCACAAUUUAGACCCAAAAAGGGAUCCCAAAUUCAAUCAUUGAAACUGGAUGUUGAUGAGUUGAAGGCCAAGAUUGAAAUGUUAACUAAGAAUGAAAGCUUGCUCACCCAAGCUUUAACGCAACAUAACUUGAAUUAUAUGCAACAACAACAACUGCAGCAACAGUCGGGUGUUCAACUGGUAAAUGCUACACCAAUUACUGAUUCCAGUGGGUCCCCACAAACAAUGUAUCAAGGCAACGUGGUGUUUUCCCUUCCAUCCAUAACAACAAUACUGCAACCACAACGGCCAUUAGCUCCCGAGAAUACCGACAAUUACUCUCCAUCAACAGUCCAUACAAAUUCACCGGUGGACCACUACAAUCUUCCUGCAUCUGAUUCUGCCAAUACCAUUAACUACCCUGAUUAUAAACCAAUCCUGGAAUUUAUCUUGGGAGAUGUUAAAUUACCAUUAGCCAAAGCUAAUGAGUUACACGACCGUUUUGUAUCUCGAUACUUGCAAUUCAUGCCUGUGAUUACUUCCCGUUCAGCUACAGAAUUAUAUCAUAAAUCUCAGUUGCUUUUCUGGACCGUGAUUUUGAUUUCCAGUUUAGGAGAACCUGAUUCUACCUUGUACAUGUCUCUUGCGUCUUUAAUCAAGCAAUUGGCUAUUGAGACAUGUUGGAUCAAAACGCCAAGAUCUACUCAUGUUAUUCAAGCACUCAUUCUUCUUUCAAUAUGGCCCUUACCUAAUGAGAAAGUGUUGGAUGAUUGCUCGUAUAGAUUCAUUGGAUUGGCCAAAAACCUUUCCUUGCAAUUGGGAUUACAUAGAGGUGGAGAGUUUAUUCAGGAAUUCAGUAGAAAUCAAGUAAGUUUAGGUCCCGAUGCCGAAAAAUGGCGAACAAGAUCAUGGUUAGCGGUAUUCUUUUGUGAACAAUUUUGGUCGAGUUUGUUAGGAUUGCCUCCUUCGAUCAAUACUACUGAUUAUUUAUUGGAAAAUGCCCGAGUUGACAAAUCAUUGCCCAAGAACUUCCGAUUCUUGAUUUCCUUGUCGAUUUUCCAAUGUAAAUUGGUGAAUGUUAUGGGUAUUAGUGUAACUAGACCUGAUGGGUUAUUAGAACCGCUGAAUAGAGCUGGUUCUUUGAAUAUGUUGGAUCGUGAAUUGGAAAGAUUGAGGUUCAAGUUGCAAUUUGCUGAAGGGUCGGCUAUUGAAGUUUACUACUUGUAUAUUAAACUUAUGAUUUGUUGUUUUGCAUUUUUACCAGGAACACCCAUUGAAGAUCAAGUUAAAUAUGUGGGCUCGGCAUACUUGGCUAGUACGAGAAUUAUCACCAUUGUUUCCAACAUGACUAAUGAAAGCUCGUUGAUUGAGUUGCCUAUAUAUGUAAGACAAGCUAUGAAUUAUAGUGUAUUGUUGUUAUUCAAGUUACAUUUGUCAAGAUAUUUGAUUGAUAAGUAUCUUGAUAGCUCAAGACAAUCCAUUGUUACUGUCCAUAGAUUAUUGAGAAACACUCUUAGUUCUUGGAAGGAUUUACAAAAUGAUAUGACCAGAACGGCAAAGGUGUUGGAGAACUUGAAUAUUGUGUUGUACAAGUAUCCUGAUGUUUUUAUUAACGAGAAUGAAGAUGAUUCGAGUAUAAUUACGAGAAUGAGGUCGCAUUUGACUGCGUCGUUGUUUUAUGAUUUAGUUUGGUGUGUUCAUGAAGGAAGAAGGCGAACUUUGUUGGACAAGAGCAGUGGAGGAACGGUUCCUGCUACACCCAAGGCUACUACUGAUCGUAAAUACUUGCCAUUACCAUUGCCAUUCUACAAUCAAAUCAGUAAGGAUGAUUUCACAACCAAGAAAACCACAUCGCCUAAUGGAACAACCAUAACUACGUUGGUUCCAACGGAUACGGCCAUGGCCCAAGCAAGAGAACAGGCUGCUCUGAUGAAUAAACCCAUUGAAAUUAACGGUAUACCGUUAUCAAUGUUAGAAGCUACUGGGUCUAGUAGAGAUACGGCAUUUGUAAGACCUGAGCAAGAAAUAGAGGACAGAAAUGCACCACAAAAGUCAGACCAGCCACAACAACAACAGCAACAGCAACAGCAACAACAACAACUUCCACUACCUGUUCCUGCGCCACAACCACACCAACAACAACUCAGACAGCCCAAGCUUGAGUCUCACGGUAUGUUGAUGCCACUUGCCUCUAAAUCAGCAACACCUGUUAAUUCACAAUUCCUUUCCCAAUCACCAGCACCAGGGUUGACUGUUAACACACCACUUGACCAAUUUGACAACUUUUUCCAACAGCAGUCCAAUGGAUGGUUGAAUAACGACAACUACCAAGAUAAUGACGACUUCUUAGGUUGGUUUGAUGUAAACCUGUUGGCUGAGCCAUAAUGUUUGUAUAUAGACAUGUUCUUUUUUUGCUUUUUUAUUGAAUUAUGUAUGUUUUAUUUCAAGUCUUGUAUAAGUUAAAUAUAAAAAGGGUUUAUAAUUU